AUGAAUUUUGCUCAUGUUGAUUCGCUGCCACGCCGAGCUAUAUCACUGCCUGCAAUUCCAACCUAUGCCUUACGUUACAUCGAUAGCGACGAUGAACUAUUCAAUGUACAAGCUGUAAGUAGUAUUGCGCUCACUUGGCUCAUGCCAAGAUUCGCGAAAAAAGUGAAGCACAGUCGUAAUUUGCGUAAUUUAAAGUGA